AUGCCGCACAGCUUCACGAUCUACGUAACACCGCUCACGAGAAUGAACGCUUCGCGGGGUAAAAACCCUUUAGCACCCGCACAAAAACAUAAGAGACCGGCUUCGAACAAGCGGGCGCACGGCUCCAAGGUGGUCGGAGGCGGGGUGUUCCGUUGCUGCGUGCCCUGGUGCGGGGCGCGCACGGCGGCGCCCGCCGACGACGCUGACUAUGCGCUGAGAGAGACCAGUCCUCAGCCCUCUCACGAAGAAUACGUUAUCCCCGAACCGGUGAUCAGUUCACCACGUCCUAUAGGCCAACAAUCACCCUUACCAGGAAUAGAAGAAGAGGACGACUCAGAUUGGCCUCUUGAAGACGCCACUGACUCAACUCUCACGCCUUCGUACAAGAGCACAAUAAGUAGUACAGAUACAGUUUACACAUCAUCGAGAAGCUCUGGGAAAAAUCGUAGCUAUGGUAGUCCGUCGUCAGUGAAAAUAUGUAUAUCCGCAGCGGCUAGAAAAUAUAACAAAGCUCGCAAGCGUGGCGCUGGUGCAGUUGUUCUGCCUCAGGGGCAAGGUGGCGAAGAUCCGCCACCGCAGCUAUUGCACGGCAGGAUGCAGGCUGAACAAGGCAGCAUCGGCGAACUGCAGAAGUACCACGGUCGGUACCUCAAGAGUCGCCGCCACACCCUCGCUAAUGUCCGGUAA